GGGAGCAAGAGCCCCACCUCUGGACUCCCUCUUGCACCACCCGAGUUGCUUGCGCCCUGCCGACGAGUCAGCGAUCUGGGCCAGGGCUUAGAGGUCUGAGUUGUGUGGUUUUGGGGUCGGGGCCAUUCCCCUCACUUUCCUGUGAACCUGACUGGUACCCUCCCCGUCAUGGGAGACCCGCUAGCCCCACCUUCUGGGCUCCCAGCGGCCCCACCCGCCCCGCUCCUGGGGACUCCGCCCUGCUGAGGUCUGGGCAGAAUCCAGGGCAGACUGGGUCGUGUGGCUCUGGGCGGUGGCCGCUCGUCCCGCCUUCCCCAAGCCUGGCUGGCACCUCGCCCUUGGGAUCCACGAGGCCCAUCCUCCCGGCUCCCGCAGCCCCACCCGGCGGAGCUCGGGCUCCUUGGGCAGAGCUGGGACACCGCGUUGCCGUUGCGUGGCUCUAGGACAGGGGCACACAGCCAGAUUGUGGUCUGUCGGUCUGUCUGGGGCUGAUAAACUCCGCUGCCCUCACCCUGACAGCCCCACCCCACCACAGAGUUGUUCGGGCACCCAGAGGGUGGCAGCUGGACUUGGUUUACCAGGGACGUUUGCCGAGUGGCCUCAGACCCAGCGCCGGCGCCGAGUUUGAACCUGGAUCCGUCGGGUGAACACCCACUUGCUCCUACCUGGUGACUGAGAACCGGUCUCAUGUGACCUGAGCAGUGCCAGAGAGUGACUGAGCCUCACAGGGGGAGGCAGGCGGAGGCGGAUCUCGGGGGCCUUGGGACUCUUGUUGGCCGGCCCCUGGCCCCUGGGGCCAGGCUUCCAGCCUGCAGCCAAGGUUGGCUCAGCAUGUCGGUCAGCGUCCACGAGACCCGCAAGUCGCGGAGCAGCACGGUGGCCGCCUGCCGCUACUUCGAGGCCAUGUUCAGCCACGGGCUGCGGGAGAGCCGGGACGACACGGUCAACUUCCAGGACAACCUGCACCCCGAGGUGCUGGAGCUGCUGCUGGAUUUCGCCUACUCGUCCCGCAUCGUCCUCAACGAGGAGAACGCCGAGUCGCUGCUGGAGGCGGGCGACAUGCUGCAGUUCCACGACGUGCGCGACGCGGCCGCCGAGUUCCUGGAGAAGAACCUGUUCCCCUCCAACUGCCUGGGCAUGAUGCUGCUGUCCGACAAUCACAGAGGCGCCCGGCCGCGCAAGGCGGGCCACACGCUGCUCAUCCUGGGCGGCCAGACCUUCAUGUGCGACAAGGUCUACCAGGUGGACCACAAGGCCAAGGAGAUCAUCCCCAAGGCCGACCUGCCCAGCCCCCGGAAGGAGUUCAGCGCCUCGGCCAUCGGCUGCAAGGUGUACGUGACGGGGGGCAGGGGCUCCGAGAACGGGGUGUCCAAGGACGUGUGGGUGUACGACACCGUCCACGAAGAGUGGUCCAAGGCGGCCCCCAUGCUGAUCGCCCGCUUCGGCCACGGCUCGGCCGAGCUGGAGAACUGCCUGUACGUGGUGGGCGGCCACACGUCCCUGGCGGGCAUCUUCCCCGCCUCCCCGUCCGUGUCCCUGAAGCAGGUGGAGAGGUACGACCCCGGGGCCAACAAGUGGAGCAUGGUGUCCCCGCUGCGGGACGGCGUGAGCAACGCAGCGGUGGUGAGCGCCAAGCUGAAGCUGUUCGUGUUCGGGGGGACCAGCAUCCACCGGGACAUGGUGUCCAAAGUCCAGUGCUACGACCCCGCGGAGAACCGGUGGACCAUCAAGGCCGAGUGCCCCCAGCCCUGGCGGUACACGGCCGCCGCCGUGCUGGGCAGCCAGAUCUUCAUCAUGGGCGGCGACACGGAGUUCACGGCCGCCUCUGCCUACCGCUUCGACUGCGAGACCAACCAGUGGACGCGGAUCGGGGACAUGACGGCCAAGCGCAUGUCCUGCCACGCCCUGGCCUCGGGCAACAAGCUCUACGUGGUGGGCGGCUACUUCGGGACGCAGCGGUGUAAGACCCUGGACUGCUACGACCCCACAGCGGACACGUGGAGCUGCAUCACCACCGUGCCCUACUCGCUCAUCCCCACGGCCUUCGUCAGCACCUGGAAGCACCUGCCUGCCUGAGGGCCCCUGCGAGCCAGGCUCUGCGUGUCUCCCCACCUCACGGCUGCAGCCACAGCGGGAAGCUCAGCCGCCCCGGCCAGCGCUCCGAGUGGCCACCCACCGGCUCUGGGAGCUGCUCUGAGUUUUAGACGAGAGAAGACACCGUCUCCAGCGCCAGGGUGCCUGCCUGAGGCUUUUCCCGCUUUGCAGGGGUUUGGGGGAGAGGGUCUCCCAGAGGGGCGUGCGCACACCAGGCUCCCUCCGCCUCCGGGGGAGGAUGCGUUUGCAGGACUUGGAGGUCACCUGUUUCCGCAAGUCGGGGCCGGGUCCCGGGGCCAGGCAUGAAGAGCCCUGGAUGGGGGCAGCCCGCCUGCAGCCUGUGACGCGCGUCCCUGUCCCUGCUGUGAUGUCGCCCACAGGGGACGUCCCAGGUCUCGGGGGACGGCCAGCAGGACUGAGGGCAGGAGCUACUGAGAGAGAACCGAGGACACGUUGUAUAAGGGGCAGAAGCCUGUGGGGUGACCUCAGUGGCAUCCAGGAGGCUUCAUUGGCGGACGACCCCGGGCAGCUGGGUUAAUGACAGAAUCUCAUGGCCCCUCCCCAGAGCAGGGCUUGCCCUCGUGACCUUGCCACCUCCCGGUCAGGCUGGCCAUGGCCCAUCACAUGGCAGCACCCAGGACCUUGGGUACCACAGGCCGCUGGACAGGGGGUGCCUCCCCUCCUCAGCACAUCACAAGCACCAGCAAUGCCCCCGGCUCCUGAUGGGGACCCCGAGGGACUCCAGGGGCCCACCCCCUCCCCCCGGACAUCCCCAGCGCUGGACGCAUCUCAGUGCGGAGGUCAGCCACGAGGUCACCGCUCCGGACCCCGCUGGCCCCUGGCAUCCUGGCCUUCCAGCUGUAACUGGACCUGACCCUCUGCCCCCCGGGCUCACAACGCAAGCUCCUCCCGAGAGAACUGGCGACAUCUGUUCGUUGUUUUUCACCGUCCAAGUGGCUGGUCCCUCCUCCGUGUAGCCCAGCCCAGCCCAGCCCGCCCCUCCCGUCCCUCCGUGCAGGCACUAGCCUUGGGCUUCUCCCGGGGCCUUGGACCUUGAAGUGGGGUUCACUCACUGAUGCGCCCCAGCUGCCACUCGGAACGUCUGAGAGCAGAAGGUGCCCCUCCAGUUCAGACGCUGCUGCUCCCUCUCGGCCCCCCUGCAGCCGCGGGGCCCCACCCCUGGAGAUGGCUCUGCUGGGAAACUGGGGAGCCCUGGCCGGGGGAGGGGCUGGGCGGGAAGCAGCUGCCGGGUCUGCAGGCCCUGCCCUGUCGGCUGCUGGGCUGAGCUAAGCACACGCCUCACAGCACAAAGUACCUCGGUGCCCUCCCUGGCGGGACCCUCUCUGUUUCUAAGUUAAUAAAUGAAUUGAGAAC